UUGAGCGCUCUUAACGUCUAACCAUACUCGUACUGACAGCCGAUGCUUAUUGAUUUCACUAACAGGCCGAUGGUGUUGGAGCCGUUUGAUCUACUCUUUACUUUUCUUUUUCUCAUAGAUGAUGGAAACCAGGUGUCCAAAGCAUUAGCCUGUCAGCAGGCUGAACACACUCAUGCUGAUGUACCCUGUGGCAUUAUGGAUCAGUUUGUAUCUGUUCUUGGCAAGGAGGGCCAUGCAUUGCUCAUUGACUGCAGAUCGCUGGAGGCCACCCCUAUUCCUCUGACAGAUCCAGGCCUGGUCAUUCUCAUCACCAACUCCAAUGUAAGGCACUCUCUGAGUUGCAGUGAGUAUCCCAUAAGACGGAGGCAAUGUGAGACGGCUGCCUCCAUUCUGGGGAAGGACAGUCUGAGGGAUGCUACGAUGAAGGACCUAGAGGAGGCCAGGGGAAGGAUGGAUGAUGUUACCUACAGAAGAGCUCGCCAUGUAAUUGAGGAGAUCCAAAGAACUGUCCAAGCUGCUAAGUCUCUAGAAAGAGGAGAAUACAAGGAGUUUGGCAAACAUAUGGUUGACAGCCACAACAGUCUGAGAGAUCUGUACGAGGUGAGCUGCAGGGAGCUCGAUGAGCUGGUGUCUGCAGCCAUGGAAGUGGAGGGCGUCUUUGGCAGCCGGAUGACAGGAGGAGGAUUCGGUGGAUGCACUGUGACUUUGCUACUCGCUGAGGCCAUUGACAGGACCAUACACCACAUACAGGAGAAAUACAGUGGGACUGCGACUUUCUAUGUUACAACUCCUGCACAGGGCACGCAAGUUCUCACUUUGUCCUGACCUCUGUCAACAUCUCUGCAUUCCUUUAAUUUGAUUUUCUUUCUUUAAUUUCAUUAAGUGGUGUACUGCAAUACACACUAAUGUUGAUUGAAAAGAGUUGGGCAAGUGGCUUUAUUGUUGAAACAUGUUUAUAAAAAAAAAAAAAUUGCUUAAGAUAACUUGUAGCAACUGCUUCAUAUUUUUGAUAUGGAAAUCCAGCUGGGUUUAUUUACGAUUUAUGAUUUUAUAUUGAUCCCACAUCUCUAUUAAUAAACCAUGUUUCUAAAAUGUGAAUGU